GUGUAGUGUCCGUGAGAACCCGUAGGAAGCGAAAAGAUAGAAACCGGAGAAAGGAGAGAAUGGAGCUGCUGAGUCCGCAUCAGGAGGAAUAAUAAUAACAACACGGUACAGAGAGUAAUUUAGAAGACUGAAGACGGAGGAGAGGAGGGAGAAAACUCGCAGGAAAAACUUUUCCGGGGAAAAACUGUUACAGACUCACACACGGCCACGUUUGAAAACAUGGAUACACUUUUCCCCGUAUUCGUGGGACUCCUGUUUCUCUUUUCGGCUAACGUGUGCGGGCAGAUACCGACAGCUCACAUGGGGCGCGCUGAGAAGGGGAGCUGCACGUUCGAUGAGGGCCUCGCUAAGUGUGACUACCAGCAGGAUCCCCACGAUUCCUUUGACUGGACGCACAUCAACACACAGGAAGUGCCAUACGUCUCUCCAGAACUGCCCAAAGGUUCCUACAUGUACGUGGACAUCUCGAGGCACGACGAGGGGACGACCGGCAGGUUUCAGCUGCCCGUGAUGAAGGAGAACGACACUCACUGCAUCGACUUCAACUAUGCCCUCAUCAGCGACAGCGGCUACAGCCCCGGCACCCUCAACGUCCUGGUGAAGGUAAACAAGGGUCCCUUGGCCAACCCUAUAUGGAACGCGACGUCCAUCACUGGUUCAGAAUGGAUGAAGGCAGAACUCGCCGUCUCCACCUUUUGGCCCAAUGAAUAUCAGGUCAUUUUUGAAGUCGAGGCUUCGGAUGGCAUCGGCUUCAUCGCCAUCGACGACAUUCAGGUGCUCAGCUAUCCGUGCGAUAAAUCUCCUCACUUUCUUCGUCUCGGAGAUGUCGAGGUGAACGCCGGACAAAAUGCCACGUUUCAGUGUAUCGCUACAGGACGAGACACAUCAAGCAACAAACUCUGGCUGCAGAGGAGAAAUGGAGAAGAUAUUCCCGUGGCUCUGACCAAAAACAUCAACCACAGACGCUUCGCCGCCUCAUUCCACCUUAAAGAAGUCACCAAUCAGGACCAAGACCUGUACCGCUGCGUCACCCAAUCAGAGCGUGGCUCCGGGGUUUCCAACUAUGCUGGUCUUAUCGUCAGAGAGCCUCCGCACCCCAUCGCCCCGCCCCAGCUGCUGGGUGUCGGCCCUACAUAUCUGCUGAUUCAGCUGAAUGCUAACUCCAUAUUUGGAGAUGGGCCUAUUAUACUGAAAGAGGUUGAGUACCGUAUGACAUCCGGCAGCUGGAUUGAGACUCACGCCGUCAACUCUCCAAAUUACAAGCUAUGGCAUCUUGACCCCGACACAGAGUACGAGAUCCGAGUGUUACUAACCAGACCAGGGGAGGGUGGGACGGGCAAAGCUGGACCCCCACUCAUCACCCGGACGAAAUGUGCAGAACCCAUGCGGACUCCUAAGAGGCUGAAGAUAGCUGAAACCCGAUCCCGUCUGAUCGCGGUGGAUUGGGAGUCGUUGGGCUACAACAUCACUCGCUGUCACACCUUCAACGUCACCAUCUGCUACCACUACAUGACCGCCGCCAAUCGCAGCAAAGCCGACUGCCUGGACAUGGACCCUAAAGCUCCUCGCCAUCUGGUUGGAAACCUGCCGCCGUACACUAACGUCAGUCUGAAGAUGAUUCUGACCAAUCCCGAGGGGCGGAAAGAGAGCGACGAGACCAUCAUACAAACUGAUGAAGAUGUCCCAGGCUCAGUUCCCAGUCAGUCUCUAAGAGCCACUCCAUUCGAAGACCGAAUUCUUCUGUACUGGAAGGAACCGACUGAACCCAACGGAGUCAUCAUUCAGUAUGAGAUCAGCUACAGUGGGGUGCGUUCGUUUGACCCCUCAGUGCCUCUGCAGCGGCCGGGGCUUACAGUGUCUCUUCCUUCCAACGCCACCCAUCACCUGUUCUCUCAGCUCCACCCGGGCGUCACCUACCAGCUCCUCAUCCGCGCCUCCACCUCCAAAGGGUUCGGCCCUGCGACCACACUCAACGUGACUACUAAUAUUUCAGCCCCAACAAUAGAUGAGUACGACGGAACCGAGGCCUUCCUGAAUGAAACUGCAACGACCAUUACCGUCCUGCUUAAACCUGCACAGGCCAAGGGAGCUCCUAUAAGUGCGUACCAGAUUGUGGUUGACGAAGUGAAUCCUCGAUCACGCCGUCAAGCUUCUUCUGACUGUUACGAGGUCCCGGUGUCCUACCACAGUGCAUCUAGCGCCGGAUCUCCAUAUUAUUAUGCCGCCCAACUGUCCCCCAGCAACCUGCCGGAGCCGCUCCCCUUCACCGUCGGAGACAAUAAGACGUAUCAGGGUUUCUGGAAUCCUCCUCUGGCUCCGAGAAAGAACUACAACAUCUACCUUCAAGCUGUGAGCAGCACAGAGAGGGAAACUAAGACACAGUGUCUGAGGCUGGCUACUAAAGGUGCUACAGAGGAGCCAGAAGUCAUCCCGGACCCCGCUAAACAGACCGACCGUGUGGUGAAGAUCGCUGGGAUCAGUGCCGGUGUCCUCGUCUUCAUACUGCUGGUGCUGGUAGCCAUCCUAUUGGUCAAGAAGAGGAGGACCUACUAUUCAUACUCUUAUUACCUGAAACUGGCUAAAAAACGUAAAGACGCCAUCGGUACGACGCGGCAGGAAAUGACUCACAUGGUGAACGCCAUGGAUCGCAGCUAUGCUGACCAGAGCACUCUGCAUGGAGAAGACCCCAUGGCUGUGACUUUCAUGGACUCCCACAACUACAACAACAGAUACGAGAACCACAGUGCCUCUGCAGCGGAGAACAGCAGGCUUCUGGACGUUCCUCGGUAUCACUGUGAAGGAACCGAAUCCCCCUAUCAGACCGGACAGCUGCACCCCGCCAUCAGAGUGGCCGACCUGCUGCAGCACAUCAACCUGAUGAAGACCUCUGACAGCUACGGCUUCAAGGAGGAGUAUGAAAGCUUCUUCGAGGGCCAGUCGGCCACCUGGGACGUGGCCAAGAAGGAUCAGAACCGCACCAAGAACCGCUAUGGGAACAUUAUAGCAUAUGACCAUUCAAGGGUUAUUCUCCAGCCCAUAGAAGACGACCCUUCCUCCGACUACAUCAACGCCAACUACAUCGAUGGCUACCAGAGACCAAGUCACUACAUUGCUACUCAGGGUCCUGUUCACGAGACGGUGUAUGACUUCUGGAGGAUGGUGUGGCAGGAACAGUCAGCCUGCAUCGUCAUGGUAACCAAUCUGGUGGAGGUCGGAAGGGUUAAGUGCUAUAAGUAUUGGCCCGAUGAUGCUGAGGUGUACGGAGACUUCAAGGUUACCUUUGUGGAGGUUGAACCUCUUGCUGAAUAUGUGGUUCGCACGUUUACACUGGAGAGGCGUGGUUUCAACGAGGUGCGGGAGGUCAAGCAGUUCCACUUCACAGGCUGGCCGGAUCACGGAGUUCCAUAUCACGCCACGGGACUACUUUCCUUCAUCCGCAGGGUUAAAAUCUCCAAUCCUCCCUCUGCUGGACCCAUUGUGGUGCACUGCAGUGCCGGAGCAGGGCGUACAGGCUGUUUCAUCGUCAUCGACAUCAUGCUGGACAUGGCGGAGAGAGAAGGCGUGGUGGACAUCUACAACUGUGUGAAGGCUCUUCGCUCUCGGAGGAUCAACAUGGUACAGACUGAGGAGCAGUAUAUUUUCAUCCAUGAUGCCAUUCUGGAGGCAUGUCUAUGUGGAGAAACAGCCAUACCGGUCUGCGAGUUCAAAGCUGCUUUCUACGAGCUGAUCCGCAUCGACUCGCAGACCAACUCGUCACAUCUGAAGGAUGAGUUCCAGACGUUAAAUUCGGUGACUCCUCAGCCUCAGCCUGAAGACUGCAGCAUUGCAUUGUUGCCUAGAAACCAAGAUAAGAACCGCUUUAUGGACGGACUUCCUCCCGACAGGUGCCUCCCCUUCCUCAUCACAAUUGACGGGGAAAGCAGCAACUACAUCAACGCUGCUCUGAUGGAUAGCUACAGACAGCCCGCUGCGUUCAUCGUUACUCAGCAUCCUUUGCCUAACUCUGUCAAAGACUUUUGGCGUCUGGUUUACGACUACGGAUGCACCAGUUUGGUGAUGCUGAACGAGAUCGACCUGGCUCAGGGUUGUCCUCAGUACUGGCCAGAGGAGGGCAUGCUGCGUUACGGCCCGGUCCAGGUGGAGUGUAUGUCCUGCUCCAUGGACUGUGAUGUUAUCAGCAGACUGUUCCGAGUCUGCAACCUCACCAGGCCCCAGGAAGGUUACCUGAUGGUGCGUCAGUUCCAGUACCUGGGCUGGGCCGGACACAGAGAAGUGCCCGCCUCCAAACGCUCCUUCCUCAAGCUGAUCCUGCAGGUGGACCAAUGGCAGCGUGAGGGGGAGGAGGGGGAGGGGAGAACCAUCGUGCACUGCCUAAAUGGAGGCGGGCGUAGUGGAGUUUUCUGUGCCAGCAGCAUCGUGUGUGAGAUGGCUAAGAGACAGAGUGUGGUCGAUGUGUUCCACGCCGUGAAGACCUUGAGGAACAGCAAACCCAACAUGGUGGAUACUCCGGAGCAGUACCGCUUCUGCUACGACCUGUCACUGGAGUUCAUCGAGUCCUCCUAAGCCAAUAGGAAGAGGAGGAGGAGGAGGAGGAUGUGAAGAAGAGCAGAACAUCUUCUCACUUCCUGUGUGUUUGAUCCUUUGCUUUUGCUUGGUCCCGACUCCCCCCCUCUGUGGGGGCCGGUCUGUAGCACCGUCCCUACAGAUGGAACAAAGCAAGACCCAUUCCUCUUGUAAAGUAUCCAGACAAAGGGAAGACUUUUACCAGAAGGAGCUAAUGGGAGUGCAACAGGGGGACUCCUUUUUCUCCUUCAUGCUUAUUGUACAGCUUUUUGAGUGCCAGCGGGCCCCUGUAUGUUUCGGGCCCCAUUUAAAUGUUUAGCCUCUUACCACAGCCCCCACUCCCAUGGACUUGAUGCCUCAUGCCAUUUCAGCUGCAGAGCUCCAUGUGCACUGUAGAUGUCUCCCUCGCUCUCUUGUAAGCUGCAACCACAGCUUUUUUUUAAAACAGCGGCCCCUCAUUCCUGCUCUCAUGCUAAUUUCUGAGUCAGUGUCAGGCGUCUCAUCAUGGUGAUGUUUAAUCUGCAGCCGGUACUCUUUGAUAAGUCAAGGUACAGCCUGGCCACACUCUUUGAAUGCUUCUGUUUUCUACUUCAUAAAUCAGCAGCAUCUUCAUUUUAUUUACAGAGUCAGAACAUUAUGAUAUAUUCAAGUACUUAAAAGCCACAUAAAACCUAUGUUCCAUUACUUCAAACAGUAGGUUUUCAGAAAAGAUAGACGUAGAUGUAGGACUGCUUAUUAAACAAAGUAGAUCUUAGGAACAAAAAUGGAAACGUUUACCUGCGGAGUAUUAAGCUUUCAUUUGAAUUCUUUUUACAAUAUCAUGAAGUAGCAACUUGAAAAUGUUACAUGUAGGAUUUUUGCUAAAGUGUAUACGUAAAAAAAAAGUGUGAAAUGUAUCAUUGUUUAUGUUUUUGCAGUCACUGUAGAGCUGAUGUGUGGCAUCGUGUUGACCUACUGGAUAGUAGAUCUGAAGUCUUUUUCUUUCAACCAUAUGACAUUAGCAUAAUCGUGUUUGUUUCAGGGCUGGGCCCAAUGCACUUUCAAUUCAGCAAAUUCACAAAUGGGACAUUUAAUUUAAAAACAAAACAGAUUUUUGGUACGAGAAAAGCAACGUACUCUCAGAAAAACACGGAGAGUAAACGCUCUUCCAUGAAGCGUUGAAUUACAGUUUCCAUUUAUGCUUUGAAUGGAAUUGGAAGUGAGCUGACCCCAGGCUUCAUUUGUUUCGUGCACUGGUGGCCAACACUUUUUAUUAUUAUUUCGUAGCUGAUGUUUAUUCAUAAAGCCAAAGACUUUGUGUAAAUAUGUCUAUAUGGAUAAAGCACAUUGUUUGUAUUUAUUGUUUACUUGCAUUGCUUGUAAGAACAAUCAUUCUUCAUCCUAUGUUUACUCUACCACCAGCGUUUCUUAAACUGUGGCUCGGGACGCCAAAUGAGUGUGUUUCCUCCGGAGGGUUAAAGUAGGAUUUAAAGGAGCCUAUAAUGGGUCCUGAGGUUAAAAAAAAAUACUCGAUCUGCUCAGUUUGGGUCCAUGAAGAAAGGUUUAAGAACCCCUGAUCAAAGCUGUAUAUUAAAGCAUUAGACGUAGUUUUUCAGUAUUUAGGUGGAAUUCAGUAGUAUUGUCUUGUUUUCACUAAAUGAAACUCUGUGAUGUUACCGUGGUUUAUUUGUGUAAAAGCCCAUUGCUCUGUUUGUGGUCAGUACAACAUCAGUGCAUUUAUAUGCACAGAGUAUUUUGGAUAAUAGCUCGUAUCCCUCUUAGCGUCUUAGCAGGGAUAAGCUGUUUAUCUUCAUCCUCAUCCUGCUCACCAUUAUCCCUGAAUGCACUGGACUCAGUGAUGCAAACAGGCUCAGUGAGUGAAGCAUGCAGGACUGUGGAACAAAAACAUUUAUUGUGCCUAAUCAUUUGAAUUUCCUUGUUGAAAUAAGCAUUUUAACAACACCUUAGAUCGCAACCAGGCUCUGUUGAAUGCAUUAUCAUGGACGAUCAAUGUUUCUAAUACCUUUUGGAUCAUGAUUCAGUGUUUUAUUCAUCAGAAUGCUUCAUGAAUUAUUGACUCUUUACAGUCUUUAGUACCAGAUGUGUUUCUGUUGUGCACAAACCGGAAAAAACCCAACUUUAUUGUAUAUAAAACGUCAGAGGUUCCACUUGUUUGGAACAAGAGUAGCCCGGGUCUACUGUUGCGGAUGUUAUUGUAAAUAGGCUAUCAUGAGGACUCUAAAAGGCUCUAUUGUUGGAUGAACAGUAGAGGUGAUGGAUGCAGAGUCAGAACAUUGGUUCUGUUGUAGAUACAAAAAAAGUCAGAGAUUGUACACCUGUAGGACUCUACUUCAAAUUUUGACAGAUAUUAUUUAGAAAGCAUUAUAGCGUCCACUGAAUACAGAACUUCAUUCUGCUGGUGGAACAUCAACUUUUUAAGGGUUUUUUUUCCUGCAGAUUUCUGGUCUGACCCAAAGAGGGGAGAGAAAAUUCAGAGGCAAAAACACAACAUAAAUACAGUGAGAUUAAUAAACUGAUGGCCAUCUCUACAGCAUGCAGAGACAGAACAAAUAAUAACAAUGUCAAUAGAAAUGAAAAAAUGUAAAUCAACAUUCUUGUGCUGUACAUUUGAGGGGGAAAGGAAGGAGCAAAUCCUGUUAAAAUGCCUGUAAUUCCUCCUUAAUAAAUCUGAAGUAACGGCCCUGAAGAGUGAAGCAGGUGUCCCAAUGAGAGGCCAUUCUGAGUAAUUGAUAUUCACCGUUCAUAAUUAUUCUUGUCUGUAAUGUUUGGCUUCUUUGCUGUAAUAAAGACCACUUCUUUAAUUAAAA